UAUAUGUGGAAUACUUCGCUGCUCAUCUUUGCCAUAGGCAAGAAGCUUACUUUGCGUGCCGAACAACUAAUAAAUCAGAAAGUGCACUGACAGAAAUGGAGAGAUCCUAAGCUGUUUGGUCAUGGCCGCCGCUAGCAACGCGGCCAUGCAUCUUUGCACGGGGCAACCUUGCGACCCACCCACCACAGAAAAUGCACCCGCCAUGAAUCCUAGGCUGCUCAUGGCUGCUCGCGUCGGCGACAUCCAGUGGCUAAAGGAUCUUGUGGACAUGGGAAGCAUGGCGGCGCGUCCCGAUUUCGUCGUCCGAGUUGAGGGACUAGGACCUUCCGCGGCAAUGCUCCUUCAGGGAGUCACCGUCGUUGAGGGGGACUCCGCGCUCCACGUUGUAGCAGCGCGUGGCGACGGAGACAAGUUCUUGGAGGCCGCAAAGGUGAUCCACGACAUGGCCGGGCACCUCCUUGGCAUGCCCAACAGGAACGGUGACACGCCGCUGCACCGUGCCGCUAGGAUCCUGCGCUACUACCUCGACUCCAUGGCGAUGGUUCCGCACAGUGCCGGGGGAAGUAGCGGUGUCUCGCUCGCGUACCCGCUGCUCUCCUCGACGAACUACACCGCGUGGGCGAUCAAGGUGGAGGCCAUUCUUGAUGCUCAGGGCCUUUGGGAGGUCGUGAAUCCAGCAAAAGGCGAGGUGGCGGACGCACGGAAGGACAAGACGGCGAGGGCACAACUUCUCCAAGCGCUACCGGAGGACAUCCUCAUGCAGGUCUCACAAAAGAAGACGGCGAAAGAGCUUUGGGACAGCCUCAAGACAAGGUUCGUCGGAGCCGACCGCGUCAAGGCCGCUCGUCUUUCAACCUUGAAAGGCGAGUUCGACUUGCUGCGCAUGAAGGAGGGGGAGCCGUUGGACGACUACGCCGGCAAAAUCAGUGGCAUGGCGGCGAGGUACGCCAACCUCGGCGCAACACUCGACGACUCCGCCAUGGUCAAGAAGCUCCUCGACACCGUCCCAGAUCGGCUCUACCCUGUCGUUGCGGGGAUCGAGCAGUUUUGUGACGUGGAGAAGAUGCCGAUGGUCUCUCACCUGAUUGAUCUGGCCAAGAGCAGCAAGUGCCACGGCGCGGGGAGAUUGGUGAAGGAGCUGUUGCGCACGGAGAACAAGCUCGGGGAGACAGCGUUGCACGAGGCAGUCCGCGUUGGGAAUGAGGAUAUCGUCAUCCGGCUAAUGGCCGAGGAUUCUGAAUUGGCCAGCCUCCCAAGAGAUGGUGCUUCGCCGUUGUACCUCGCCGUCCUGCUGGACGAGGUUGGUAUUGCGAGGUCACUGCAUGAUAUGAGUGACGGGAACCUUUCGUAUGGUGGACCAAAUGGGCAAAACGCCUUACAUGCCGCAAGUCUCCGGGGGAAAGGUAUACCUAUUUUGAUGACAGCGAUGCUAUUGGGUUGGAACGAGGGCCUUACCGAACAAACGGACCAUGAUGGGUGCACGCCUCUUCACUUCGCCGCAUCGCAAGAAGAAGGCCGGACCUGCCGGAUCUCCCCUCAUUCCAAGUUCCCCUGGAUUCGCUUCACGACAUCGACGACGGCAGACAUCCCACUCUUGUUACUGCAAACCAACCCUUCUUCAGCAUACCAGCCGGACGCCGGUGGCUCAUUCCCGAUACAUGUUGCAGCUGCAGUCGGUGCGAACAAGGCAGUUUCCACUUUCCUCGAAAUGUCUCCAGACAGCGCGGGUCUAUGCGACGCGAAUGGGCGGACGUUCCUCCAUGUUGCCGUGGAGAGGAAGAGAUACAGUGUAGUGAAGCAUGCCUGCCGAACUCCAUCGUUGAGUUGGAUUCUGAACAUGCAAGACAACAACGGGGACACUGCACUGCACCUAGCUGUGAAGGCUGGGGAUACCGAGACGUUCUUCCCUCUGUUCAGGAACCGGCAAGUGCGCAUGGAUUUGACAAAUAACAAUGGGCAAACUUGUCGAGACCUGUCACUUAGUGAUAUUCCUCCAGGGUUGUCAUAUAAAUGGAACCCCAAGCAAAUGAUACAUCGUGCUUUAACACGUGCGAGCGCGAGCCAUGGCGUCCGUCGCUGGGACCAGUUUGAGGAAGAGUACAUCCUGCAACCAAGACGAGAGGACGAGGAGAAAGAAUCCGAGAAGCUGAACAACUCGACGCAGACUCUAGGCAUCAGCUCGGUGCUUAUAGCGACUGUGACGUUCGGCGCCGCCUUCGCCCUCCCAGGAGGCUACGUCGCCGACGACCACGCAAAUGGUGGCACGCCGACGCUCGCCGGGGGGUACACCUUCGACGCGUUCGUCAUGGCCAACGCGCUGGCGUUCACCUGCUCCGCGCUGGGCACCGUCGGCCUCAUGUACUCCGGCAUCACCACCGUCGACCUGCCCAUCCGCCAGAAGCACUUCCUGAGGUCCCUCUUCUUCGUGUCAAGCUCCUUGACUUCCCUUGUUGCUGCCUUCGCGUUGGCUACGUACACGGUGCUGGCCCCGGUUGCUCACAAGACUGCCGUCGCAAUCUGUGUGGUCACUCCGGUGGUCGUGAUCUACAGAAGUGUAGGGCGAUUUCAGAGAAUGCAUGCCCUUGUGGGACCUUUAUACGUUAGGGCUGGGAUCCGGCCAUUGCUGAUGCUAGCGAAAGACGUCUUUACAAGGAUGUUAAGGUUAUAUUGGCCCUUCAUAGUGAUCUUUAGUUGA